UGACGCAGAAGUAAGACGCGAAAUGAUUGGCUGACUUGGAAACACGUAUUUGCGCGGAGUUUUGAAAAUGUAUUUUUGAAAAAAACCGACGAGUUGCUUGCCAGAAGGCGACGACGACGACGACUCGACGAGUCUAGCAUUCGAAGAAAGACCAAACAGCAGUUAUGGCUCCCACGAAAAAAACCCGCAAGCAAAACACUGUCAAGAAUGUCAAACUGGAAGUAUUUCUGGAGGAUUUUGAUAGCGAGGUCAAGGCAAAACUUGAUCAAAUGCAGGAGAAGGAGAAGCAGCUGCUGAAAGAUAUUGACAACCACUAUAAUAUGACCAUCAUCAAUCUCCCAAAGGCCGUUAGGCAAAUAAAUUGGUUGGAAAUUUUCAAGACUGAAAAGGCCAAAUCCCCGCCAGUGGACGAAGCAAAGAGAGAAGCGGAGGCAGCCAUUGUGGAGAAAGUCGUAGCCGAGGACCAUGCAGCCAAGACACCCGCCCGGAGAAUUAAAAAGAAAAAGGAUGCAGCUAAAGACAAGGAAAACAGCCCAAGGAUUUCGAGGAAGGGGAAAACUACAAGGAAACCGCCAACUACGUCAAAACGAGCAAAGGCUGUGUCCAUCUGCCAGCAGAACGGCGCCAUUAAAAGAUCAUCAACGCUGGCCUUGGUCACCCCCGCUAGGACCCCGUUUGAUGCAUCGCUACUGAUGGGCUCAACUCCCCUUAUCACGCCACGCUUUGACCCAAGGCUGCCUAUGACCUCCACUGUGAGAAUCCCUCGCCACAAGGAGAGAAUCUACAGCAUUUCAGUCAACGGCUCGCCGAUCGCGGCAACCAGCCAGGAAGUUGUCAUAAACGUCCCGCGCGGCAACGGAGAGAUGAUGCCGCUGCUGGCGAGUCAGAUGGACUCGCUGGACCUUUCCUCGCUGGAUGAAACCGCCAUCAAGAGCAUUCGUCAUUUAGUGACUCGAGUAACAUCACUGAGUCAAGCAUUCAACUGACCAAGAUCGCUCCUUGAUUUGAGUACCUUUUUUUUAUUUUUAUCUUUUUUUUUUGAAAAUGUUGUCAAAAUAAGGACUUUUAACUUUUCUUUAAACCUCACCCAUAGAGCCACUCUGCUUCAGAUUUUGUGUUCUGCCUUGGAUUUUAAGCUUCAAUAUCUUAAACUGUUUGUUUUUCUGCUGCUUCUGGAUGUUGGUCGUAUGUACUCUCUUACUUAUGUACAUAAAA